AAUGAUCCUCAUCAAUAUCUUAGGAGGUAUCAUGAAAUGCAACAUCAUUGCUGAAGUUAUCAUCAAAGCAAUUUAAUUGUUAGAUUAACUGGAACCAAUGUAAAUAUUAUAUUCAUUUUGAUGAGCUAAAAUGUUGGAUGAAUUUGCAAAAUCAUAAACUUAAGUAUUAAUUGCAACAUCCACAGAUUUGGAUGAUGCAGCUCAAAAAUCG